AUGCCUGUGAUCAGCCUGGAUUACUGCUUCGUGGACGCCGAGACGGAGACGGACAUGGUCACGGUCUUGGUUAUGGUUCAGAAGCCAGAGGGUUGCGUAGCGGCGAUCAUGGUGAUUCACAAGGGGCCCAUCGAGUACGUCAAUUCAGCAGUGGAGUUUUACAUCGACGUCUGGGGCUCAGCGCAUAUCAUCUUGAAGGGUGACCAGGAGGCAUCGUUACAGGCAGUGAUCUCGGCGGUGAAGAACAGGACAGCUUGGGGGCGACUGGGACGUGCCAAGUUCAAAUCAGAGUUGGGGAAGAUAGGCGAGACGAUCGACUACAAGAUCCAGGCUAAGGAUUAUUCCAAGUUGGAGCCGAGGACUAUGAAGUUAAGAGCCAAGGGGGAUCGAUGCAACAGGGAGGUGUACAACACGUUUAUAGGAGUUCCGUGGGGCCCGACAGGCUUGGAGGUCAAGGGCCAGAACGAGGUACACGAUAUGGGCGCGGAUGUGACAGGUGGCGCGAUCGUGGCAGGCGGAGACGUAGCACCUACGACACCAAGGCUGGAGGAACCCAUGGAGAUGGGCAUCAUCAUGCCGAUCUCGAGGGGUGAUGGCCAACGCGUCUGCGAGGAGAUCGAGCCAAGGGUUAACUGCGAGAAGCUGGUUGGAGAUGGAGUCUACAGAGACGCAUGUGCAGGGGAAGAGUUGCUUACGGAGCUGGUCGUCAACGGAAGGGCGAAGGAGAUGAAGAGCAUGGAAGAGUUCGAGGGGUUCGAAUGGGUACCGUUCGAGGAUUGGAUGAAGCCGUUCGACACCAAGUGGAUCGACAGCAAGAAGUACGAUUUACAGACGGGUGAGUGGAUCGUGAGGAGCAGAUGCGUUCACAGGGGGUAUAGCGACGGAACCGACCCCAUGAAUUUCGCAGGGGCACCCGCACUAUGGGCAGUCAAGUUGGUUAUAUCACGUGCAGCUUCUUUGAGGUCUACUGACGCACGAAAGAAGAAACUCGGGCUCUACGACGUAUCAGUGGCGUUCUUUCACGCGUCGCUGAAGGGGCCGCAGUGCUGCUGGCCACCACUAGAGCAACGGCUGCCAGGUAUGCUAUGGAAGCUGACAAAGGCCAUGUCUGGGACGCCAGAAGCAUCGAUGUUAUUUCAAGGAGAAGUUCGAGGCAACUUCAAGCAUCACGGCUGUGAGGAGUUAAUGACGGUGUGUUGCUUGUAUUACCACCCUGAGAAGGAUUCUCUAUGCGCUGGGCGCGGAUGCGAUUUUGUGGUGGAGGCCUAUGAUGAGGAACUGGAUGAAUUCGAUGAGCUGAUGGCGAGCAGGUUCAAGGUCAGGCCACAACCUCGAGUGGGUCCAGGUGGAGCAGUGGAAGGUACGUUUCCCAACAGGACGCAGCUCUGGGCCGAGGAGGGCUCCGGUAUUUUCGCCGACCCGAAGCUGAGUCUGAAGAUGGUGGAGUUGCACGACUUAAAGCAGGCGAAGCUGGCGGA